GAUUUCUUGAAAGCCAUCCGCGUCGAGAAAGACGCUCAGCAACAUCAAUCCGCUAUCUUCAAGCAGCCAAGACAUCAAGGAACAUGACUUGAGGGAUUCUAAGCGCUCUACACCAGUCAAGGCUGUCAGUACUGGUCAAUCCGCCUCGUCACGCGCCGCCAUGACCUCGCGCAGCUGCCCACAAUGCGGCCAUACGGGCCCCUUCGAAGUGGUCGACGAAGUGAUGUGCGCCGUUUGUGUCUGCGGCCACAUGUUUCAGGAGGAUCUCGCCCUGUUCUCCCUCACACACGAUUAUGGCCGCGAUGUCGCACUACCUUCGCAAUACAGAGCCGAAGCCCCGCACCCUGAUUUUACCGGCGCCAUGGAACUCAGGCGCCGUCGAGCUGCUACUGGGCCUGAGAUGACGAGGGCGCAUAAGCUCGUCUACCACUAUCAUCAGGCCAAACAAGCCAAGUCGUGGCUCAAGAUGGUGGUCAGACGACUAGUAGGGGAGAGGGCCGCAGUCAACAACCCGUACGAAAGGCGCAUCUGGGCCGUCUUUGAGUCGUUGAAGGCCGAGGCGCAGAAGACUUACGUGACGCGAUCUAGGAAGAGCGACCAUAGCAAGGGGCCGCAUCAAAUAGCCACAGACGUACAGGAAGACCUCCAAGUCCCUUCUGCGUCGCCAUCAGCGAAGCAGAGCUCGAGCGACAAAGUCUACAAUUCACAAGGCCUCACAUGGGGAAGUGCCGCCUCUGCAGCGCUCUGUGCUUGCACAUACGCCUGCUUCAAGGAGAGUGACGACACUCAACACACCCGAGAUCCACUCCAACGUCGUGCCUUCAGUCUGCACCUCGUAGCCUCCUGCUGCGAUGUCACCCAUGCGCAGGCAAGAAAAUGGGCAAAGAGACUCAAGCGGUUCCUACCUGGGCGAUUCGCGACGCUGGUAUUCGACACGCCCGAGAUGCACGUAGACCAGGUAGUCAAGUGGCUUGGCGAGCAAGCAGCAUCAUGGACGCCCAGCACAUUACUCGACGUAAAGCACAACUUGCCCGUCCUGCGGAAUCGCCUCGUCGACUGGAAGGAGGUCCGCCGCCUCUCGCGUCUGCUUUGCUCUCUCGUCUUCGACAGUUCAGAAGAAGAGGGACAGAACGACCCCCGCGACAAGAUGGUUGCCUGCGAGCUCUUGUCCACGCCCGGUGACUGGGCAUACAUGGUUGUUCUCUGGGCCAUUGGCGCCUUGCUCGGGAAGCGCCUCAUGGGCAAGCAAUGGGUGCGUCGCGAUCUCAUCUGGGCAAGCUUGGGCGUCGAGCCAGCCAAGCCGCAAGCCAAGGAUGACGAGGAUAGUGGCGCAAGCGAGGAUGACGGCGAAGAGGAGGCUCCCGCGCAGCUCGACGCUAGCAGCAGUAAUGCCCCCAAUUGGCCGUUCAUCUCUCUAUACCACGAUAUCGGCAUCUACCUCUCCUGCAAGGCUCUGCAGCUGCCAUGGGUCGAUGCACACUCCAUCAAACGUACAAAGGGUGGGCGCGACGUGUUGAAGGAUGGCGAGGAGGUCAAGUAUCUCCGCGACGUUGUCGAGUUCUCGGCCAGCCUACGAGGGGGUGACGAUCAAGGGCAGCAGGCUCCAACUCUAUCCAAGAGAGCACAGAAAGCCAACAAAGCCGCCUCUCCCUCCCUGCCAAUCGCGAUGCCUCCUCAGUUCCCCACUUUCGCAACAAUCCCCUCAGACCGUCCCUCGUACACGGCACGCAACUUUCCCCAACUCUCGGCCGACCCUGCACUGAUCGAUAGUCUGGACCCUGCCACGGUGGAUGCCCUGCUCUUUCGUCCUGGGGAGAUGGAUGGGUUCUUGCGUUCCGAAGAGGGAGAUAGACGGAAGUUGGAAGGAUACAAGAGGACCGUGGGGCAUUGGGAAAGCGAUGAGGAGAACGAGAGCGCGGCAGAGCAGGAUGAUGGUCAGGCUAAGAAGAAGAGAAAGAAGGUGAGCGGAACAGGACAAGCAGCAGGCUGGGAGGAGCAAGGGGCCGAGAGGGCUCAGACCCCGUCGAGGACGUCACAGGGCGGCGAUGAAGAGAAUGGCGAGGAGGAAGAAGAGGACGACGAGGAUGCGGAGGUCCUGAGUCUGCACUCAGAGCAUUAUCGAUAGCUUUUACACAUCAUACCACGCACAUGCGUUCAUACCUUGCAAUCAUCAUCAUACAUUCAUCAUCA